UAUUUUAACGUAGGUUACCUCUCAGGACUCCUCUCCGAAUAUUCAACAUGGCCGCAUGCGCGUCUAUAAGCAACAUGGCCGCUCUGCCAGUCACCAACAUGGCAACCACAGCCUCACUGUGCCCGGAAGCAAGAGAGAGCGGGGGUCAUUUUCCGGUUAGCCUUCGGGGUGUCCGCGUGAGAAUUGGUUAUAUCCUGGAGCGAGUGCUGGGAGGUGCUAGUCCGCCGCGCCUUAUUCGAGAGGCGUCAGGGCUGGGAGACUAGGAUGUCGGACACGUGGAGCUCUAUCCAGGCCCACAAGAAGCAGCUGGACUCUCUGCGGGAGAGGCUACAGCGGAGGCGGAAGCAGGACUCGGGGCAUUUGGAUCUACGGAAUCCAGAGGCAGCAUUGUCUCCAACCUUCCGUAGUGACAGCCCAGUGCCUACUGCACCCACCUCUGGUGGCCCUAAGCCCAGCACAGCUUCAGCAGUUCCUGAAUUAGCUACAGAUCCUGAGUUAGAGAAGAAGUUGCUACACCACCUCUCUGAUCUGGCCUUAACAUUGCCCACUGAUGCUGUGUCCAUCUGUCUUGCCAUCUCCACGCCAGAUGCUCCUGCCACUCAAGAUGGGGUAGAAAGCCUCCUGCAGAAGUUUGCAGCUCAGGAGUUGAUUGAGGUAAAGCGAGGUCUCCUACAAGACGAUGCACAUCCUACUCUUGUGACCUAUGCUGACCAUUCCAAGCUAUCUGCCAUGAUGGGUGCUGUGGCAGAAAAGAAGGGCCCUGGGGAGGUAGCAGGGACUGUCACAGGGCAGAAGCGGCGUGCAGAACAGGACCUAACUACAGUAGCUGCCUUUGCCAGUUCAUUAGCCUCUGGUCUGAGCUCUUCAGCAUCAGAACCAGCAAAGGAGCCAGCCAAGAAAUCAAGGAAACAUGCUGCCUCAGAUGUUGAUCUGGAGAUAGAGAGCCUUCUGAACCAACAGUCCACCAAGGAACAACAGAGCAAGAAGGUCAGUCAGGAGAUCCUAGAGCUAUUAAAUACUACAACAGCCAAGGAACAAUCCAUUGUUGAAAAAUUUCGCUCUCGAGGUCGGGCCCAAGUGCAAGAAUUCUGUGACUAUGGAACCAAGGAGGAGUGCAUGAAAGCCAGUGAUGCUGAUCGACCCUGUCGCAAGCUGCACUUCAGACGAAUUAUCAAUAAACACACUGAUGAGUCUUUAGGUGACUGCUCUUUCCUUAAUACAUGUUUCCACAUGGAUACCUGCAAGUAUGUUCACUAUGAAAUUGAUGCUUGCAUGGAUUCUGAGGCCCCUGGCAGCAAAGACCACACGCCAAGCCAGGAGCUUGCUCUUACACAGAGUGUCGGAGGUGAUUCCAGUGCAGACCGACUCUUCCCACCUCAGUGGAUCUGUUGUGAUAUCCGCUACCUGGACGUCAGUAUCUUGGGCAAGUUUGCAGUUGUGAUGGCUGACCCACCCUGGGAUAUUCACAUGGAGCUGCCCUAUGGGACCCUGACAGAUGAUGAGAUGCGCAGGCUCAACAUACCCGUACUACAGGAUGAUGGCUUUCUCUUCCUCUGGGUCACAGGCAGGGCCAUGGAGUUGGGGAGAGAAUGUCUAAACCUCUGGGGGUAUGAACGGGUAGAUGAAAUUAUUUGGGUGAAGACAAAUCAACUGCAACGCAUCAUUCGGACAGGCCGUACAGGUCACUGGUUGAACCAUGGGAAGGAACACUGCUUGGUUGGUGUCAAAGGAAAUCCCCAAGGCUUCAACCAGGGUCUGGAUUGUGAUGUGAUCGUAGCUGAGGUUCGUUCCACCAGUCAUAAACCAGAUGAAAUCUAUGGCAUGAUUGAAAGACUAUCUCCCGGCACUCGCAAGAUUGAGUUAUUUGGACGACCACACAAUGUGCAACCCAACUGGAUCACCCUUGGAAACCAACUGGAUGGGAUCCACCUGCUAGACCCAGAUGUGGUUGCACGGUUCAAGCAAAGGUACCCAGAUGGUAUCAUCUCUAAACCUAAGAAUUUAUAGAAGUACUUCCUUACAGAGCUAAGAAUCCAUAGCCAUGGCUCUAUAAGCUAAACCUGAAGAGUGAUAUUUGUACAAUAGCUUUCUUCUUUAUUUAAAUAAACAUUUGUAUUGUAGUUGGGA